GGACUACGGACAACGCCGGUUGACGAUCUGGGAGAACGAGAGGCGGAGAAGAGGUUGACCGGCAUAGAUACUGGCUAGAUAUUGGAACAACCGGCUCAACAGGUCCCACAAUCGGGGAUCAAUACUUGUCCGCGUGUGCGGAUCCUCAUUCCUCACAAGCACGUACUCACGUAGCGUGCCAGGGGCCUGAGGAGCGGUAUAUAAAGGAUGGAUCUGUCAUGGAGGUCGACGUUCUUUAACAUUCUUCAGUCACUUCACCUCUUCACCCCAUCAUCAAAACUUCCUCAAGCUCGUCAAUAAUUCCCGUCAUCCUCGUUUCGCAUCACCAUGAUCUGCAAUAACAAAUCUGUCUCCUUCAACCCCGCAAAGGACAUCCCACCCCUCACGGACAAAGUAAUCCUCGUCACGGGUGGCAACAUCGGCCUCGGCAAGCAAGCCGUGCUCGAGUACGCCCGGCAUCAACCCCAACUCAUCUGGCUCGCCGCCCGCAGCACAGAAAAAGGCAACGCCGCAGCCGCCGAAAUCCGCCAAGCCGUCCCCGACGCCCCCAUCCGCGUUCUCGAGCUAGACCUCGCCUCCUUCGCGUCCGUCAAGCGCACCGCCGCCACCGUGCUCUCCACUUCCACCCGCCUCGACAUCCUAAUGCUCAACGCAGGCAUCAUGGCCCAACCCCCGGGGCUCACAGCCGACGGCUACGAGCUACAGUUCGGCACCAACCACAUGGGCCACGCGCUACUCACCAAACUGCUCCUCCCUCUCUUGACCCAAACCGCCACUUCUUCUUCUUCAAGUUCUUCAUUAUCCGCAGACGUCCGCGUCAUCUCCCUCUCCUCCCACGGGCACAUCUACGCCCCCAAGCCAGGGAUCAACUUCUCCCUUCUCAAAACCCCCGCGGAAGAUCUAGGAUUCGUCGGACGCUACUCCCAAAGCAAGCUCGCCAACGUGCUCUGGGCGCGGCAGCUGGCGAGGCAAUACCCAUACCUCACGGUGGCGGCCGUGCACCCGGGGAUGGUGAACACGCAGCUGGUGGAGAACGCCACGGGCACGCCGGCGUUUGUGAGGAUGCUGGUGAGGGUCGGGAGGCGGCUGUUCAGCGAGGUCGAGGACGGGGUGCGGAACCAGCUGUGGGCGAGUGUGGCGGCCGGGGUACAGAGUGGGGGUUACUACGAGCCGGUGGGGGUUCCCGGCGGGGAGAGUGCGUUGGCGAAGGAUGAGGGGUUGGGGAAGGGGUUGUGGGAGUGGACGGAGAAGGAGUUGGAGCGGCAGGGGAUUUAG